AUGGCGAUGAAUUACAGACCUAUCAAGCCUGCUCCCCCGAUGGAUGGGAGCCAUCGAGUGGACAAAUCAUCUCGAUCAGCACCGAAGAGGCUACCAGCAACCAAGACUGCUUGCUGGGGAUGCCGCAAGCGAAAAGCCAAAUGUGAUGGGCAACGACCAGCAUGUGCAAACUGCAUAAAGUCAACCAGGGAAUGCGUCUACGACACCAAUAUCAGGGAUUCAAACACAAGAGCUCUUCAGCUCGCCAACCAAGAGCUUCGAGAGCAGCUAGACGCCUCAAAUCUGCUUCUGAGGCAGCUGGCGUCAGGUGCUCCAGAAGUCCGAGGUCCUAUUCUCCAGUUUUUGGCGGGCAACAAGCAGCCUCAGGAGAUCAUUCGAGCUUUGAGGAUCGAUAAUAGCCUUGGGCUUCGACCAAAGUCGUCGGAGCGACGGCAAGAUCGUCUAUCGAUUGCUAGGCUCACAGGCGCCUCAAUCGACAAGCCAUUAUACGAUGGAAAGUGA